GCAUCAGUCAGAAACGAGAGCCUGAUGAGUCUGAGCGCGUCGGACCCCCAACGGCUCCAGCCUGCAAAUAGUGUUGUCAAGAAUUAGAAGGAUCUGUGUAUUUUAUUCGCGACUGAUUACAAUUUCGUGAAUAAAAGAGCAUUUUUAUGCUCGCUCGAAUAAUCAAAGAUCUCACUUCUGAUCGCCUUAUUCGCACUAUAUAUGUAGUGCGUUGUCUGCUUUCGCGCGCUUUCAAUUCAAUAACAUUCAGUUGCCCACACAGCUGAUUCCGAGACGACCGUUGAGCCAUUUUUGUUUACAAGUUGAUCGUUUAAAAAUGCCUCAAGAAGCUUGGGUGUUAAAGUGCUACUCCUGCAAAAAGUUUCAGGUGCAACUGAAGAAGAAGGCAAAAAAAUGGCAGUGCAAAGUUUGUGGCUCCAAACAAGAUCUGAUUACUAUUUAUUUCAAAGGAUCAACAAGUGACUGCAGAGUCAAUGUUCAAAAUAUGAAUGCUGCUGAAGGAGAACUGUUAGACAAGCAACCAGAGCAAUCUGAUAUUGGAGAUGAAUACUGUGACGAUGAUGAUAUUGAGAACAUAUCACAGAACUCACAAAAUUCUCAUAACCUUUCAUUUUCAUGCGAGGAUAUGGAAGAAUUCUCAAACUCAGUGUUGGAAGCAGAUAUAAGCGAGCCAUGUGUUAAAAGUGAUGAAGAUUACUUUCAAAGGAUUUAUACUGAAAACCCUAAUGAAAAAGAAAAUGGUUCCUUGGCAUCAGAUACAGAUUUACCGAAAAAUGACCCUACCAACACAAAUGAGUACGACUUUGACCUAAGUACCAUAGAUUUUACUAUAAAGACAUACAGAGAAAGUACUAGUUCUAGUACUGAAAAAAGGAAUCAGCCUUUGAAGUUGAGUAUUUUUGAAAGCAACAGUGAUUUUGAUGAAUCUUUGGAAUUUUGAAUUCAUCUUUUUUCCAUGUAUUAUUUUUACAAUUGUAAGAACUAGAAAAUAAAUGUAAAUACUCAUAAGCAUUAAAUAGUUGUGAUACAUUGAUUUGAUUACAUGAAGAUUGAGGAUUGAGGACCAGGAAAUAAAUUUAAUACUUGUAAUAAUUAAA